AUCCGCAUGGCGGGAGCGAAGCCGGCAGCAGCGCGUAAAAGAGGCAGCAUUUUUUUAUAUUAAUAGUUAAAGAAAAAUAGUAAAUAAUAGAGAAAUAGUUUAGUGAAAAUUCACUAAACAGUCUAUAAUUAAGUUUAAUAGUGAAAAGUUAGGUAGGCAGCAGUACUUUGAACUUCUAUUUAUUAUUGCUAAUUUAAAUGAUAGAGUAGGUAUUUGUUAUCAAAUGUUUAUAUUUUUAGGCAAAUUGAGAGAGAAGAGAGUUAAUCUAACAGCGGAUGUAGAGAAGUAUUUUGAUAGCACUAUAUAUAACAAUAUUUUAAACAAAAAAAUGUUUUAAUACAAAAUAAUCAAAAUAAUAGUGUACCAUCGGGUUUUUCUAAAGGAUAUAUAGACGAAUGUUGUUUUAAAAUAAGCUUUACUUUAAGCUGCAUGUGCACUUAUAUUUUAAACUUUUUAAAAUUUCUCAGAAAACAUGGCAACUGCAACUAUAGCGAACAGCUGUGUUAGCUGUUUUUGUUUUUUUUUUCUGCAAACUUUGGACACCUAUACAAAAGUGAUUAUUUAAGUUUUAUUUAUAAUACAGUACACAUUAAACAGCUCAGGAAUUAAUGCGACCAAUAUUAAAUAUAAUUUAAUGUCAUGAACGAUAGCAGCGAAAUUGAGAGCAGCCAAGGCACUGCGGACACACCUCUCCCAUUGCCGCAUAUACCGAUAGUGACAUCAGUCAGUUGCUGUCUCAUACUUUCUGUCAUAUAUGUAGCCAGUUUAUAUAUUUGGAAUACCAAACAUAAUCGGGAUCACCCAGCGACGGUAAAGCGACGCUUCGUCAGCGUUAUCAUUGUUAUGCUCAUAGCACCAUUUUUCGUAUAUAAAUUUUCUUCACGAGAGCUACUGGAGCGUGCUUCAUUUGCAGAAAUUUUGGGUUUGAGAUGGCAGGGACUCUUCCUAGCCAUUACAGUGCCAUAUUUGCUGACAAUGCUAUUAUUUUUGGGUCCACUGUGCGUGCAGGUGCAAAAUGAAUCUUUAAAAAUGUUUUUGGAUACUGAUUUUUGGAUUGGUUCAUUCAAAAAUAUACUUUGGAUACGAAACCAUGUUAUGGCACCAAUCAGUGAAGAAUUCGUCUUUCGCGCAUGUAUGAUGCCACUAAUUUUGCAGAGUUUUUCACCCUUGACAGCUGUGUUCAUUACACCACUAUUCUUUGGUACCGCGCACAUACACCAUAUUGGGGAACGCCUCAGCUUGGGUAUGGAAUUGAAAACUGCCUUAGUGAUAUCAUGCUUUCAGUUAACUUACACCACAGUCUUUGGUUUCUACUCGGCUUUUCUCUUUGCGCGCACCGGUCAUUUUGUCGCACCAUUCCUUGUGCAUGCAUUUUGUAAUCAUAUGGGCUUACCUGAUGUCCAAGAGCUGUGGCAACAACAUUUAGUACGUCGCAUUCUACUUAUUUUAUGCUACAUUGUGGGUUUUGUUGGUUGGAUCAUAUUGCUGCCAAUCGCCACACAGCCUUCACUAUAUUCUAACAAUUUGUAUUGGAAUAAUUAAAAUAAUGAACAAAGUAGCAACAAUUGAAAUUACAUUAGUACAUAAAUAUUGAAAGUGAUCGAUAUUCAUUAAGCAUAAUUUUAUAUGUUUAAUUACGAAAUAAAAAUAUGUUUCAUACAUACAUACAU